AUGGAUGGAAAGACAGUUGCUCUUGCUUUUGUUAAAGCUCUCCCAAAGUUUAGCCGUUGGGAAAUAGCAAUGCUUGGGGGCGUUGCUGGAACCGUCGUAAAAGUGGUAAUUGAUGCAGGAACAUUGGUAUACAGUGCAGUGAAAAAUAUUUAUUUGUGGUGGAAAGGUGAAGUAUCUGGUAAACGAUGUGUGAAAGGAAUUACCGAUGCUACUGCAGCAUUGUUCGGUACUUUGUUAGGUACCUAUGGUGGCGCUCUUGUGGGUACUGCUAUUUGCCCAUUGGUAGGAACUUUUAUAGGUGGAUUUGUGGGUGGUUUAGUUGGAUCUGCAGUGAUUGGUAAGAUAUCUGAACGUUUAACUUGUAAAUUCUUUGAUUUACCGAAAACUGUUGCAUUGGAAAAUGCCUACAAAACACUUGGUCUUACACAAUCUAGUUCAAAUGGUGAAAUUAAUUCUGCGUACCGUCGCCUAGCACUGAUAUGUCAUCCGGAUAAAGGUGGUUCAGCAGAAGCUUGGAGUGAACUUGAAACUGCUUUAGCACUAAUUAGACAAGCUCGUGAAGAAGGUAUUUAA